AUGUCGAGUAGAGGCAAAAUAUUGCUUCUUGGGGAAAUCUGCCAUGCACAAGCACAAUGGGAGGCUCUGAAUGAUCUGGGAGAAUUGGUUCGACCAAUAGCAAAAAACAGGGAUGAAUUUAUCAGAGAAUGCGAAGAAGGCGGGCUUGACGGAGUGAUUGCUGCUUACCGGACGGCUGAAUCCAUCGAUAUUACGGGGCAUUUCGACAAAGAACUCAUGAGUGUUAUACCUAAGAGCUGGGUAUUUCUGGCUAGCUGUGGGGCUGGCUACGACCCGAUUGAUGUAAAGGCUUGCUCUCGGAGGGAACCACCGCUGCGUGUCUCGAACGUGCCGACCGCUGUGAAUGAUGCAACGGCUGAUACUGCUAUCUUCUUGAUGCUUGGAGCACUCCGGAACUUCAACCCAUCCAUGCACACCUUGCGUCAAGGGAAUUGGAGAGGCAAACAACCCGUCGCACUUGGGCACGAUCCACAAGGGAAAGUCCUUGGAAUACUCGGCAUGGGCAGCAUAGGCAGGAACAUAAGCGCGAAAGCCGCCGCGUUUGGAACGUCGACUAUCUAUCACAACCGACGAAAGAUCGAAGGCGAGACCAUCGAGUACGUUUCGUUCGAAGAUCUUCUGAGGAGAAGCAAUGUGCUCAGUCUGAACGUGCCGCUUAAUUCUAAAACUCGACAUAUCAUUUCUACAGCUCAAUUAGAAAUGAUGAAGCCAACGUCGAUUGUCAUCAAUACGGCUAGGGGGGCUGUACUUGACGAAGUUGCUCUGGUUGAAGCUCUGGAAAAUGGGACAAUUGCCGGUGCGGGCUUAGAUGUGUUUGAAGAAGAACCCAACAUUCACCCAGGCUUGAUUCAAAAUAAGAAUGUGAUUCUCCUGCCACAUAUGGGGACACACACUACAGAGACAAAGCGGAAGAUGGAGGAAUGGACGAUUGAAAACAUUCGAGAGGCUCUUGAGAAGGGGCGCUUGAUGAGCCCAGUUCCUGAGCAGCAGACCUCUGAUCAUAUAUAA